AUGAUCAAUCUCAAACUAUUGGACUUAGCAUUGCUAUUCCUGAUCGGGCUACACCUAUUUAUAUCUCCUUUUACCAAAGUGGAGGAAUCGUUCAACAUCCAAGCCUGUCAUGAUAUGAUAGUUUACGGCUUUGAUGAUCUCUCUCAUUAUGAUCAUACUCAAUUUCCAGGUGCAAUUCAAAGAUCUUUCUGGGGAGCCGGACUUUUAAGUAUAGCUAUCAGGCCUUUCAAAGGCUUGCUGUCCAGCUUCUUUGCCAAUUGGCCAACAAGACUAUUCUACCAGUAUUUGGUCAGGGGACUAUUAGGCUUGUUCAACGGGCUAGGGUUGAUCAGAAUCAGGAGAGUUCUGAGUCGCAAUAUCUCAAAGGAAACAGCAUUUUGGUAUAUGAUACUCCAAAUGUGUCAAUUCCACAUCGUUUAUUACAGUAGUAGAACAUUGCCCAACUUCAUAGCGUUACCGUUAGUUUCAAACGCCUUUGCGUUAUACCUAACGCACGAGAAUGUAUCAUUUGCUGUCCUGGCCUUUUCAGGAGUGGUUCUUAGAGGAGAAAUUGGUGUCUUUGCCGUAAUUCUGGCGAUUGUUAGUGUCCUUCAAACCCACAAUUUCGAUAAUUUCCUCCAUAUUUUUAAGAAUGGUGUCGUUGGCACCUUGGCAGGUGCCAUUUGCAGCUACGUAUUCGACUCCUAUUUCUGGGGAUACAAGGUAAUCCCUGAGAUCAAUAGUUUCGUCUUCAAUGUUUUAGAAGGGCAAUCAAGUAUUUGGGGAGUCGAACCAUGGUAUGCUUAUCUAAUGAAGUAUCUGCCAAACUUGUUUAACAAAUCUCCUUUACUAAUCUUAGUGAUACCAGGACUUUUUCUAAAGAAUGAUAAACUGAAGAACUCAAAAUCUCUCACACUUUCAUCGUUACUGUACUUGGCAAUCAUUGCAUUUCAGCCUCAUAAAGAAUGGAGAUUUAUAGUUUACAUUGUUCCACCACUUGUCAUCACCAUAUCUACAGUACUUGCACAACUACCCAGGAGAUUCACAAUCGUCAAAGUUGCUGUUUUUCUCCUAAGUUUCGGCUCUUUGCUCAUAUCCCUGUCGUUUCUUUUCAUCUCAUCGUAUAACUACCCUGGGGGUGAAGCUUUACAGCAUUUGAACGAGAAACUCCUUCUACUGGACCAAAGUUCCCUACCUGUUGAUAUUAAGGUUCAUAUGGAUGUCCCUGCAUGCAUGACUGGGGUGACUUUAUUUGGUUACUUGGAUAACUCAAAAUUGAACAAUUUAAGAAUUGUCUAUGAUAAAACAGAAGACGAGUCGCUGGACACAAUCUGGGAUUCUUUCAAUUAUGUCAUCUCCGAAAUUGACUUGGAUUCUUCGACUGCUCCCAAAUGGGAGGGGGAUUGGCUGAAGAUUGAUGUUGUCCAAGGCUACAACGGCAUCAAUAAACAAUCUAUCAAAAAUACAAUUUUCAAUUAUGGAAUACUUAAACGGAUGAUAAGAGACGCAACCAAACUUGAUGUUGGAUUUAUUCGUACGGUCUUUCGAUCCUUCAUAAAAUUUGAUGAUAAAUUAUUCAUUUAUGAGAGGAGCAGUCAAACCUGA